UGAGUGUCUGUCGGUGGGGAGGAGAUCACAGACUCGGGCUCUAGUAGGGUGUGGACGGUGGAAGAGUGUCGGUCCGGACUGUCCCAGUCAUAACCGUUGGUCCACUCCAGCUGAAAGCGGUCACAUAAACAGUUACUUGGACUGUGACAGUGUGUUUGUUUUGUGCAAGCUUCGGACACCUCAUCUGAGCUUCCUUCUUGUUUCUACGCAAGUGCAGCGCAGACACUUGCUCUGAGGCAGUGAAGAGACUGUCCCAACACACCCUUUCCCUGAUUGGAUGUUCUGUGUCAGCCCUCACCUGUCGGCUUCAGGGUACAGCUGCAUCAGACGCCUCUCCCAGGACACUACCGGUAGGGAACGAACGAUUCCGGUAGUGUGAGAGGAGAGAAGGUGCCGAGAUGGAUGACAUCUUCACUCAAUGCCGGGAAGGCAAUGCGGUAGCUGUCCGCCUCUGGUUGGACAACACAGAAAAUGACCUAAACCAGGGGGAUGAUCACGGGUUCAGUCCGUUGCACUGGGCGUGCCGUGAGGGUCGUUCGGGUGUCGUGGAUAUGCUCAUCAUGAGAGGGGCGCGCAUCAAUGUCAUGAACCGCGGCGACGACACACCCCUGCACCUGGCUGCGAGCCACGGCCACCGUGACAUUCUGGCCAAGCUCAUCCAGUGUAAAGCAGAUACCAAUGCGGCAAACGAGCACGGCAACACCCCUCUCCAUUAUGCUUGCUUCUGGGCCCAUGACCUGGUGGCUGAGGAUUUGGUCAAUAACGGUGCUCAGGUGAGCAUCUGCAACAAAUAUGGUGAAACUCCACUGGACAAGGCCAAACCACCGCUUGCUGCAAAUCUGAAAGAGCUGGCGGAGAAACAGGGACAGAGCCUGUCCAAAGUUCCUUUCAAGGACUCUUUCUGGAAGGGAACCACUCGAACUCGACCACGUAACGGCACACUAAACAAAACCGCAGGCAUAGAUUAUAAGCAGCUCUCCAUGUUGGCCAAGAUCAACGAGAAUCACUCUGGGGAGCUGUGGCAGGGCCGCUGGCAGGGCACAGAGAUUGUGAUCAAGAUGCUUCAUGUGCGGGACUGGACUACUCGAAAGAGCCGUGACUUCAAUGAGGAGUAUCCUAAACUAAGAAUCUUCUCCCACCCCAAUGUGUUGCCCAUGCUGGGGGCGUGUCAAGCUCCGCCCGCCCCUCAUCCAAUUAUAAUUACACACUGGAUGCCCUAUGGCUCCCUGUACAAUGUGCUUCACGAGGGGACCAACUUUGUUGUGGAUCAGACGCAGGCUGUGAAGUUUGGCCUAGAUAUAGCAUGUGGAAUGGCUUUCCUGCACACACUGGAGCCCAUGAUCCCUCGGCAUUAUCUCAACAGCAAGAGUGUCAUGAUUGACGAGGAUAUGACGGCCAGGAUAAGCAUGGCAGAUGUGAAGUUCUCCUUCCAGUGUCCCGGCAGGAUGUACUCUCCCGCAUGGGUUGCACCUGAAGCCCUACAGAAGAAGCCCGAGGAGAUAAACCGGCGCUCUGCGGACAUGUGGAGCUUCGCCGUGUUGCUCUGGGAGCUCGUCACCAGAGAGGUGCCGUUCGCUGACCUCUCGAACAUGGAGAUCGGCAUGAAGGUGGCACUAGAGGGACUGCGGCCCACCAUCCCACCGGGCAUCUCCCCCCACAUCUGCAAGCUAAUGAAGAUCUGCAUGAACGAGGACCCCGCCAAGAGGCCCAAAUUUGACAUGAUCGUGCCCAUCCUAGAGAAGAUGCAAGACAAAUGAAACCGCCCUGCAAACACUGAGUUCACAGUAUUGCCUUAAAAUUCACCACUCACCAAAGUGCUCUAUGCCACUGUAGCCCUCUGCUAAAGAAAAAAAACGCUUUGUGGAAGCGCUGAUGAACAUUUUUUUAAAGCCACGUUCUCACUGUCUUAUAUUCUUACAUGCAAUCAGUGAAGAUGACAAGUGUUUGUGCAUAUAUGUGUUCAUCUGUCCUUUUUGGUGUUUUCUGGACGCUCCUCUCAGAACCCUGUUUUCUAUAGCCAUUAAACAAGAAGUGGCGGCAACGGUCUUUGGACGCAGUGAAUGUACAGUGAAAUCAGUUUUCAACUAACCACUCCCACAUUUUCUGCAUCUUUUCGCUCCAUUUGUGUCAUUUUCACUCCAUCAAAGGGACGCCACCAAACUCAAAAUCUGUAUUAUUUGCAAGUGUGCAUGCAUCAGCCGCUGUUAGUAUUUAAAGCAUCGUGCCAUUGUCUUUCAACUAUGUGUUUGCUUUAGAUUGUCCUGAUCACAAAAGUCCUAUAGGCUAAGUUUGCCUGAGAUUUAUCUGUUUUUAAAAAUAAAAAAGCAGUGCAAUAAUGCAAUAGCUAAUGCCAAUUUUAUGCCUUAUCAUGCAACAAAAAAAAUCAAACUAUUAAGUGCCCGUAAUAUCACGAUUGUACAGUCCCUCUCAUAGCAGGGAAAUACAUUUAAUAAAAAAAAACCUGAUGUUUGAUUAAGGUACCAUAUGCUUAAAGGAAGAGCCAUUUACACGUCACAUCAAAUGUGAGAAUGUUUGUGUCACAGAUAUCUGUAAUUCUAGCUCCCAUAAACCUAUAUAUUUUCUUGAUCCAUACAAAUGCAUGAUUUCUGCAUCCUCUGUUAUGUGACUAACAUGCCUCCGGCUCCUGUAUUCUAAUUUACAUUGUACAUGUUAAGCAUGUUACGUGCUGAAAUAUCUGAGAGAUUUUUAUACUUGUUAUACAUGUGUUUUUUUUCAUGGGCGAUACAUUAGGCUGCCCAUGAGUGCCUUUAUUUUUUGCUUUUCUAAACACUACAUCUAUUCACUUCCUUGUUUUGCUUUCACAAUGUUCCACUUAUCCGCUCACCAGUAUGCAAUAGGAAAACCAAGAGACAGAAACAAGCAUACUUGACUUUUUUUUUUUUUUUUUUUUUAGUUUCAGUGUUUCUUUUUUAUGUUUUGAAAAGCAAAUAGCGGUGAUAAUGAAAAAAAGACUAGUUAUCUAACUUAUGCUUACUUCUUUCUCACCCUGUGAGGUUUUUAAUGAAACUUAAUUCUUUAUUUUGGAGAUUUGGACUGUUUAUAUUUUAUUCAUGAUAACUAAAGUUUACUAAAAGAAAAUAAGAACAAAUAAAAUGUUUUGGCCAUGCAAAGUGUUUUGAUCUGUGUUCAUUUAUCAGUCAGAAAAUAAAUGAGUGGGUUGUUGACAUGAAAAUUGACAACAGUGUUUUGCGAUGUAAGUUACUUCUAAAUAAAAAACUUAUUUAAAAAAUUAA